UCCUGUCUCCCAUUCUCGUUCUCGGUUUGGCCGUGAGACUUUUAUGCACUUCCCGACCUGCGUGACGUAGGGAGAAAGGAGGGGUCGAAGGCAGGAUGGCGGCUGCUGCGGCCGGUGUGGGCCGCCUAGAGGAAGAGGCGCUGAAGCGGAAGGAACGGCUCAAGGCCCUACGGGAGAAAACAGGACGCAAGGACAAAGAAGAUGGGGAGCCAAAGACCAAGCAACUCAGAGAAGAGGAGGAGGAAGGCGAAAAGCACAGGGAGCUCAGGCUGCGGAAUUAUGUCCCAGAGGAUGAGGACCUGAAGAGAAGGAGGGUGCCCCAGGCCAAACCAGUGGCAGUGGAAGAGAAGGUGAAGGAGCAGCUGGAGGCUGCCAAGCCAGAGCCCGUCAUUGAAGAAGUGGACCUGGCCAAUCUGGCACCCCGGAAGCCUGACUGGGACCUCAAGAGAGACGUGGCCAAGAAGCUGGAAAAGCUUGAAAAGCGUACCCAGAGGGCCAUCGCCGAGCUGAUCCGUGAGAGGCUGAAAGGCCAGGAGGACAACCUGGCUUCUGCAGUGGAUGCCACCACUGAACAAGAGGCCUGUGAUUCUGACUGAGGUGUGCCUUGUACCCCAUCUGCCCACCAGGUGUCCUGUAGGUGGAUGCUCUUGGGCAGGAGUGGGGGCUGGGUUACCAUCACAUCCAGGUCUUCCUCAGAACUGAUCAGCCCCAUCGAGUCCAAACCUCCAUGGGAUGUCGCCAGCUCCUUGUCUCCUGAGGGUUCCUACCACUGGAAUAGGACAGAGCCAGCAACUGCUGUGGGACGUGCCUAUGUUUGUACAUAUGUAUGUAUUCUAAACUUUUAGAAAAUGUCUGUAAAUAGAGACAAGUAAAACCCUUCUGUAUGGUAGAAA